GCGCGGCCGCCGCCAGUCGCCGGCGCGUCCGGGGGGCACAAAGGCCGCAGCAUGGUCCUGGUGCACGUCGGAUACCUGGUGCUGCCCGUCUUCGGCUCCGUGCGCAACAGAGGUGCUCCCUUUCAAAGGUCUCAGCAUCCCCAUGCUACCUCCUGCCGGCACUUCCACCUGGGUCCCCAGCCUCAGCUGUCCGCCGAAUUCGCCCUGCCUCACGCGGUGCAGCCGCAGCCGGGGCUGGCUCCCCACAUGGCGCCCGCGCACCAGCACAGCGGCGCCCUGCACCAGCCCCUGCCGCCCGUGCCCGCCCUGCCCUUCCAGGACGUCGCCGGGCCCUCCUUCCUACCUCAGGCGCUACACCAGCAAUACCUCCUCCAGCAGCAGCUCCUCGAGGCGCAGCACCGCCGGCUUGUGCCCCAUCCCAGGCGGGCCCAAGAGCGCAUGUCUGUCCAGCCCCACCGCCUCCACCCCAGCUUCGACUUCAGCCACCAACUGCAGACUCCACAACCCAUGGGGCCCCAGCCCAGGUAUCUGGCAGAGGGCACGGACUGGGACCUCAGCGUGGACGCAGGGCUGACCCACGCCCAGUUCCAGGUCCGGCCGGUGCCCCAGCCCUAUCAGCAUUAUUUGGCCACGCCUCGGAUGCACCAUUUCCCCAGAAGCACAUCCUCAACCCAGAUGGUUGUACAUGAAAUCAGAAAUUACCCUUACCCUCAGCUUCAGCUGCUUGCUCUUCAGGGGCUGAACCCAAGCAGGCACACAUCCGCAGUGCGGGAGAGCUAUGAAGAGCUGCUGCAGCUGGAGGACAGGCUGGGCAGUGUGAGCCGGGGCGCCGUCCAGAACACCAUCGAGAGGUUCACCUUCCCCCACAAGUACAAGAAGAGAAGACCACAGGAAGGCAAAGCUGAGCAGGACGAUGGUGAAGAGUCAGAUACCGACGAGAAAUGCACAAUCUGUCUGUCCAUGCUUGAGGAUGGAGAGGACGUCAGGCGGUUGCCCUGUAUGCAUCUCUUCCACCAAGUGUGCGUGGACCAGUGGCUGGCCACCAGCAAGAAGUGCCCGAUCUGCAGGGUGGACAUUGAAACACAGCUCGGCUCGGACAGCUGAAAAGACUGGCUGGACACACCAUUUUCCUUACCAGGUCGUAUGGCCAUAAACCCUUGCAGCGAAAUUUUUUGCCUUCUGAGCCAUUUGAUUGAGAGGGGAAGUCUGCAGGCACGUUAGAGAGGAGGAGGUGGUGGUGAUACAAUAUCUAGGGGUAGGAGAUGUUGCACAUUCACGCAGGAUACAGGCCCAGUGAAAGGGAGCUGGCAUUCCCGGAGCUCAGAGACCCGUGCUGCAGAAGAUUUUUAGUGUUGAACAUGAAGGAGCUAGUUGUGGUAGUCCGGCCUGUCAAUCCUGCUUUUCAUGGGGAUUGUAUAUAUACCUCUCAAAUAUGUAGAAACAUGUUAGGGGUCCUUUAGCUAUUUCUAUGGAUGGCAGCUGGAGCAUGUUAGCUUAAGAAAUGUUGUGUUUGAUGCCCUACUCAUCUUGUGGUGGACAUGUUGCUGUUACCUAAUUUGCACCAAAUAUUUUUUCAUAGAUUCCUUAUUUUGGUGCCUGAUUAAUACAUUGCAGAGGGGGAAUAAAGAGGUCAAACUGUCUCACCCUUGGGGUGGGGAAGAAGAGAAAAAGCAAAAUCCUGUUUACAGUCAGAAGGGUUUGCGCUCUUUGCCUCAGCCGCGUGUGCUUCUUUCCCUUGCAUUUACGGUGUGUUGCAAAUUUAGAGAAGCUUAAUAAAAAUAAAAAUUGGGGAUAAAACGAACGAAGCGGUAGGGAAAAGCUUCGUUCCUGCUUGUCUGCUGGUGCUGGACACUUUCUGUAGCAGCACAGUAUUUGAGUAGAUGCUGUUUCUUUGCUUUCUUGUAUCUUAACAAAGUAGCUUGUCAUAUCAAAAUCCAAGGAAGUUGUGUCUACACGAUUGCGAUUGUCCGUGAUGCUUUCUUCCGUGAGCUGUGUGGUUGGGUGGCUUCAGCAGCACCGCUCCAAAGCGAUGGUCACGGCACUCGGCGCCUGCAGCUGUUCUUUGGGGCGUCAAAACACUGGAGAGGCACGAAAUGCCGACUCUUCUCCCGCUGAUAAAGCAUCUCCUGAUAACGGGACGGAGGAAAACUCGAUGCUCACGAGGCGCUGCUGAGGCCAUGAGCCCCUGGGAGUGGGAAGGGAAGGGUGGAGGUUGGGGUUGCUGCUUUUUGGGAGCAGCUUUUUGCUGUGCUGUGACCCAUCUCGGAGCGCGUGCGCCCGCGUCCCCCGUGGGCUUGUGUGCGUGGAGUAAUCAGUGGCUGUAAAAAUGAAACUUAAUCACAUUAACACUCCAAACAGAAUUAAGAGGUAAUACCCAAAGGAGUGAGCUGUUGUGAUCCAUGCUCCUCCUGAAAAAAAAAAAAAAAAAAAGACCUCAUCAUGCCAACUGCAGGGACCAAGCGGAAAAUCCUUGGGAAAACCAACAUUCACAACCAAAACCUGCAGUUUCCCUUUUUUUCCUUCUUAGUUUUAUUUUUUUCUUUCAUACUAGGGGAGAAAAGAGCUGCAGAGGAGCAGCAGGGGAAUUAGAAACAUAAUCUAUUGAAAAUGCUGGUGUGGUGGGAAUGAUUUCUGGCUCCCCUGAGUCUAUCUGUUUCGCUGGAGAGAAAUGCUCUCCCAAAUAGAUUCAAUCAUAAACUCUCAUCUGAGAAACUGCAAGAUUCUCAUGAGCUGUAACUGGAAAACACCAGCCUCAGAGGCACCACAGAGAUUUCUUUUUUUUU